AACACGCAGGUCGUUUUGGACAAUCCGACGUGUUUCUUGAAUCCAUUCCAAUUCGAAAUUACCUUCGAGUGCUUACAAGAACUGGAAGAUGAUUUGGAAUGGAAAGUGCUCUACGUGGGGAGCGCACACGAUUCGCAUCAGGAUCAGGUCCUGGACGAGAUACUGGUGGGUCCGGUACCGGUCGGUCGGAAUAAAUUCGUCCUGCAGGCCGACGCACCCGAUAGUCAAACCCUGCCCAAAGACGAACUGCUCGGCGUCACGGUCGUUCUCGUCACCUGCCGGUACAAGGACCGGGAGUUCGUACGGGUAGGCUACUACGUGAACAACGAAUACACCAAACCGGGAUACGAUCCGGACGCGGACGGCCCCGUCUCCUGGCCCUUCGCCUUGGAGCACGUCACGCGACACAUUCUAGCCGACAAACCGAGGGUCACCAAAUUCGCCAUUCCAUGGGACAGCAGUGA